CCGUCCCAGAUGAGCUUCAACAAGGGGUUGGAAAGCGUGGUCGAGGUAGCGGCCAGUGAGUGAGCAAGCCAGAGACUGCUAGACAGCUUGAGCUGCAACCAGGGAGAGGCGAUGAUGGCGGCGGCUGUAGAGAGAGGAGGGGUUCGGGCCGCCUUCUUGAAUCCAGGCACCGGAGGGGGUGUUGGUGGCCUUGCACCCUCGCCCGUGUUCGUUGCACCCGGAGCCAUGGCUGGAGCUGCUGGUUCGGCGGUUUCGGGACCCAUGCCUGUUCCUAUGAACCUUUUUGCUACGUGGGAAAUUGAUCGUUCUUCUCCAAGCUGCGUUCCGAGAUUGUGCAGCCUUACAUUGAAAAAGCUCAUUGUUUUGAAGGAACUGGACCGAGAGCUCAACUCUGUGGUCAUCGCUGUCAAGAUUCAGGGCUCCAAACGUAUAUUGAGGUCCAAUGAGUAUGUGCUCCCUCCCAGUGGCCUGAUGGAGACAGACCUGGAGCUCACUUUCUCCUUGCAGUAUCCACACUUCCUGAAGAGAGAUGCUAACCGUUUACAGAUUAUGCUCCAGAGAAGGAAGCGCUAUAAGAACCGGACUAUACUAGGAUACAAAACCCUGGCUGUGGGUGUCAUCAACAUGGCAGAGGUGAUGCAGCACCCAACAGAUGGAGGCCAGAUUCUAGGUCUCCACAGCAACGUGAAGGAAGCCCCUGUUCGUGCAGCAGAACUGAGUGUGUACUCUUUGUCUAGUCAGCCCAUUGACCCUGAGGAUGGUAGUGGUCAGACAGGAACAAAAGCCAAAGCGUCAGAUCGAUCUCCAGAUAUGGAUAACUAUUCAGAAGAUGAUGACGACAGCUACUCAUCAGAGCAGGAGGCCAGUGACGAUGCUGUUCAGGCUCAGGACUUGUACGAUGAGGAUGAUGAUGUUCAGCGAAAGCCGAAGAAAUCACGGAGGAAAAUGGUCCGGACCACAUCUAUGACAAGGCAACCCAAUUUCAAGCAGAAGUUUGUUGCCCUUCUGAAGAGAUUCAAAGUAUCAGACGAGGUUCUGGAUUCGGACCCAGUGGAUCAGACCCAAGAAGUGGAAGAGGAUCUGGACCUGCUGUAUGACAGUCUAGAGGUGUAUAAUCAGAGUGAUAGUGGCCCUGAGAUGGAAGACAACGAGAGUGUUCUCAGCACCCCAAAACCUAAGCUCAAGCCGUUCUUUGAGGGAAUGUCUCACUCCAGCUCCCAAACUGAGAUUGGCAGUUUGCACAGUCAGAAGAGUCAGCCUAGAGAGCAGUCUUCUGCUGUUGGAGACCUGCUGACAGUAGAAAAAGACAGAGCUGCAACUGGGCGGUACCAGGAUGAGGCUUUAGUGGUGGACUCUGCAGUGGGGGAGACAACAGAGGAGGACGCUGGAGCAGGAGGUGCCCCAUGUGAUGCAAACAUGAGCUGGGACAUCAGCACAGAUAAACUGGCUGGCUCAGUGGGCAAACUCUGCAAGACUGAGUCUCAAACCCACAUGUCACCUAGUAAAACUGACAGCAAGCUGCAGAGACGGCCCCGUAGCACCUCUAUGAAGGACAGACAGAACUCGAAAGCUCAGAGCGACCGAACCAGUAGCAUUGAUAGUGAAACCUCACCGGACUCCAGACUCUCAGUACAGGUUCCCAGAAAGUCAGUGUACGACCAGCUCAAUCAGAUUCUCAACUCUGAUGAGCAGCUACCUGAGAAUAUCAUACUCAUCAACACUACCGACUGGCAGGGCCAGUAUCUGAAUGAGAUCCUACAUGAGCACAAUCAGCCCAUUGUCUCCACCAUCUCCGCUGCUGAUGUUCAAGCUGCCUUCAACACUAUCGUCACCAGGAUCCAGAGAUUCUGUAACUGUAACGCACAGACACCCCCCACAAUUAAGGUGGCAGUCGCAGGUGACCAGAGUUACCUCAGCACCGUGCUGCGGUGCUUUGUGGAACAGCUCGCUAACAAGACUCCUGAUUGGCUGAGCUACAUCCGCUUCCUGGUCAUCCCAGUCGGCUGUCACCCUGUGGCGAAGUAUAUCUCAUCUUUUGAUAACAAGUUCAGUAACAUCUUCCUGGACGCCGGCUGGAGAGAUGUAUUUGGGAGGUUAGAGGCCCCAACGUCAGACAAUAUUGAUGUGGCUGGCCGAGUGUCUCAGUACCUAGCUGGGGCGAAUGUGUCCCAUCAGUUCCCCAUCUCUGAAGCUAUGCUUACCUACAAACAGAAAAGCCCUGAUGAGGACUCCUGUCAGAAGUUUGUGCCAUUCAUUGGGUUGGUGAAAGUAGGCAUUGUUGAGCACAACCUGUCCACUUCAGUGGACUCUGAUGAUGCCAUGAUGAUGGGCAGUAUGAACAUGCUAUCUUCACCUCCAGCCCAGACGGGGGUGCCAUAUGGGAAAGAUAUCACCUGCACUCCACCCUCUUCUCCCUCCGUCUCUGCCAGUCUCUCUGGAGCAGGCUCUCCAGGUUCGGGUGGAGAGGUGAUGGGCCUGCAGGUGGAUUACUGGACGUGCCAGGGUGCAGAGAAGAAGAAGGAGGGAGAGAAGAGAGACAUAGGGAUUAAGAAUACACUGAAGAGUAACUUCCGCUCCCUGCAGGUCUCCCGCAUCCCCAGCGGAGGAGAGCUCACCCCUCCGCCUGGCAUGUCCAUGACAGUAGUCAUGAAGGAGAAAAAUAAGAAAGUGAUUUUCCUCAGUAAGAAGCCAAAAGAAAAGGAUGUGGACUCCAAGAGCCAGGUGAUAGACGGUAUUAGCAGACUGAUCUGCACGGCCAAGCACCAACACACCAUGCUGAGAGUCUCAAUCGAUGGUGUGGAAUGGCACGAUGUGAAGUUUUUUCAGCUGGCAGCCCAGUGGCCCACUCAUGUAAAGCACUUCCCUGUGGGAAUUUUCGGCUACACCAAGCCCAUGUGACAAGCUUUUGCCAUUCUAGAGCUUUCUCUGGCACCCGCCUCACAAAAUGAGGGAGAGACUGCCUGAGGAAAAGAGAGUGAAAAAGAUACAUGGAUUUUCCUGUGGAAACACUCUUAAGCCUGUGUCCCCGAAACAAAAUGGAUGUUGUUGUUGUUGUUGUUGUUGUUAAUGUAAUUGUCCUAUUAUACGCUGUUGCACCAGCAAAAGGAAAUGUCUGUUCCUGACGAAAUAUAUAUAUAUUUAUGCUGCCUUUUUAUAUACAUAUUGUGGUUAGAAUUUCAUAGCCACCUUAAUGGCAGCUUGGUUUUGCACUUUGUUUGGUUACAGUUUUUAUUUUUUGGUGAAAUCCUGUGGCGGUAUUUGUUCUGUGUACAACAUGAUGUGUGUGUGUGUGUGUGCGUGUGUGUGUGUGUGUGGUAGUGGGGGAGUGGUGAUACAGAAGUGUGAUUGUAUUGAAACGGAAUAUUGUUGGUGAAUUUGGGCAUGGGUGGGGGAGGGUUCUAAGUGAUUCAGACCUUGCUGUGAACUUUAAAGAGCAACCGCUCUUCCUCAUACAGUUGUGUAUGCUCUCUUAAUAGCUAGCAUAUUUGCCUACUUCAAUAUGUGGAAGCACAGUCAUCUGAAAGCAAAAAAAGAAAAAAAUGCUGCUCUCCUUUUAAAUUGGCUGUAGGGGGGUGGUGAUAUAGAGCCCUAACCAGUACCUCUGUUUAAGGAAUGAAGAUGGACAUGACCUCAGACCAAAAAACUGUUGUGCCCUACAAAUACAUUGCAUUGUAAAAAUGUGCCCUUUAAACAGAUUUGAUCUGCUCUGUGUAUGUGAGGCUGAGGCCAGAUGAAUGCUCCAGAGAUAUGCUCUGAAACCUGAUGACAGUUAUUUUUUUCCACUUUACCCCUCCCGUCUGCCCAUGAGCUAAAUAGGGAACGGUACUUUUUCUAUUUUGACUGUACUUGGUGGCGUACUGUUCUGAAUACAGGGUCCAGUAAGUCAGCUGUUAACUGCCAUAAAAGGGCUCUCGCUAAAAGAAAUUGGCAAAAUGCGAACAGAGAGCAAGGUGCUUGAUCCUUUUGAUCUUUUGGUAACCUUUACUGUAGAGAUUUUUUUUGUAUCUUCAUUCUCUCACUAAAGUCCCUUUACAAAUGUGUGUGUCUGUAAAUGAUGAGGAAGAAGAGCUUGAUACACUUGGUUUGGUGACAUGGUUAACAAAAGUGUUUGGAGUAGGGGUUCAGUUGUAGCUUUUUGUGUGUGUGUGUGUGUGUGAUUGCGCUUGUGUCAUUAAGGAGAAGACAGGAGAAGGUCUUCAGUGUUAUUUGAGGCUGAGAGCAUUUCCUGGUGUGUUAUGUAUUUGUUUUGUUUUUAAUAAGACAAGUUGAGACUGGUACACUGUUACAUAUGGAGGAAUUUUGCAUUGUCUCAUUGUCCAUUGUACAAUUCUGAAGAACUCUAAAUGUGUUUUCAUAUUUUUUCAUGAUAGCUCUGCAGUGCAUUUCACUGUAUAACUUGGCUUCUUUUGUUUGCUUUGUAGAACAUGGUUAGGUCACCGAGUUAUGUUCAGCAGUUAUGUUUAACAUUUGUUAUGCUUACCUGACUCCAUUUAGAACUUUGUUCUGUUUUUAAGCACUACCUUUUGGGCAAAUGUUGGAAGCUUACCCUUCAUUACGACCAAAAGUACUUUGUCGGAACGCUAAUAUGCAGCCAGUCUGUCAAUAUAUAGAUUUGCGGACAUAUUUGCACAAACUUCGGUUUAAGUUAUAUGACAGUAUUCUUUUGAGAUAGACCACUGAGCUUUGUUUUUUUUUCCUGUUCCACAUGUGAACGUAUUGUUUCAUAUCGUUUUUACUUUGUUCAACUGUUCUAAAAACUGUUGUGAAUAUGGAAACAAUUUUAAGCUUGCCUGCAUUAUUUUUAACAGUUAUUAACAUGUUGUUGUUUUGUAUUACCCUUUUAAAGGAGUUGACCUCUUUUAUAGAAUAUUUUGUGUUGCAAUAAGGUUUUACAACAUUUCACAUGUAACUAAAUACAGGAAAAAUGAACCAGUGUGUUCUGUUUUUCAAGUGCACAAAUACUUUUGUUUUUUUCUGUAUUUGAUAAAUACAUAACAAGAAAUAUUGCAUAAAUCGAUGAAAUAAACGAUAAAAGCUGAUUGUU